AUGAGGCAAAGCGUUGACUUUGCACUUGCCAGCAGCAAUGACGACGAUGAUGGCCUCAAUCAAUCAUUCAUGGCUCAUACGUUGCCAAAUGGCAGGCCCAGUCUGAGUGUCGGUCUCGGUCCGAGCCGCAGCUCCAGCCCGGAGCUGUUCUUGCUGCACAACGACAAAUUUCUAACACAUGUCGCUCAAAUGCUGAACAUGACGACCGAGAAUCUAACAAAUCUGCUAACAGCAAACAGCACAAAUGGCACAACAACAUUGGCAACAGCAACAGCAACAGCAGCAACGGCAGCAACAACAACUAUCGCGGACAACUGGGAGGAGUCGCCCACGCUGCUCAUUUUCCUAACUAUUUGCUAUGCGCUUAUCUUUGUGGCCGGCGUGCUGGGCAACCUAAUCACCUGUAUUGUCAUCUCGAGGAACAAUUUUAUGCACACGGCCACCAAUUUCUAUCUGUUCAAUUUGGCCGUCUCCGAUUUGAUUCUGCUCAUCGCAGGCAUACCGCAGGAACUAUACGAUUUGUGGUGCCCCGACUCCUACCCCUUCACGGACGGCAUCUGCAUCGUCGAGAGCGUGCUCUCCGAAAUGGCAGCCAACGCAACGGUGCUAACCAUCACGGCGUUCACCGUCGAGCGCUAUAUUGCCAUCUGCCAUCCGUUUCGGCAGCACACCAUGUCCAAGUUAUCGCGUGCCAUCAAAUUCAUCUUUGCUAUUUGGCUGGCGGCCUUUCUGCUGGCGCUGCCACAGGCCAUGCAGUUCUCGGUGGUUAACCAGGGUAAUGGCUACUCCUGCACGAUGGAGAACAACUUUUACGCGCAUGUUUUCGCCGUCUCGGGCUUUAUAUUCUUCUGUGGACCCAUGACGGCGAUCUGUGUGCUCUAUGUGCUGAUUGGCAUGAAGCUGAAGCGUAGCCGCUUGCUGCAGUCGCUGCCAAGACGCGCCUACGAUGCGAGUCGAGGCCUAAACGCGCAAAGUCGCGUCAUCCGAAUGUUGGUAGCUGUAGCCGUUGCCUUUUUUCUCUGCUGGGCGCCCUUUCACGCCCAGCGCCUGAUGGCUGUUUAUGGCGUUUCGCUGAUUAAUGUUUGCCGUUGUCGCGAUGCCUUCAACGAUUAUUAUCACAUACUACAUUAUACAUCCGGCGUACUUUACUUUCUGUCCACUUGCAUCAAUCCGCUGCUGUACAACAUUAUGAGCCACAAGUUUCGAGAGGCAUUCAAGAUCACACUAACACGUCAGUUUGGUCUGGCACGCAAUCAGCAGCAGCACCAAUACCACCAGCACAACUACAGUGCACUGAUGCGACUGCAGGGUUCGAUGCGGCUGCAGCCCGUCAGCUGCAGCAACAACAACAAUGCCCUGGAGCCGUAUGGAUCGUAUCGCGUGGUUCAGUUUCGCUGUCGCGAUGCCAACCAUCAGCUGUCGCUGCAGGAUAGCAUUCGCACGAAUACCACAACCACAACUAUUAAUAGCAGCAGCCUGGCUGCUGUCGGUGGUGCAGGUGCCAGCGGCAGUGGUGGCGGUGGGGCUGCUGCUGUUGUUGCUGCUGGCAGACGUCUACGCAAACAGGACUUGUAUGCUACGCCGACGGGCAGCGCCGUGCCGCAUCGCUUGCUGCAGACGCAAAGCUCGCGGCUAAGUGAUGCCAAUACGCACGCAUUGCUGGACCCGGAAGUGGUUGAAGUGGCUCGUAGCCAUUGUACGCCGGCACGUGCCAAACGCACGCUGCUAGCCACCAGCAAUGGCGCCUUGUUGGUGGCCACUGCCCAGCCCACAGAGGAGCCACAGCCCCCAACGCGCCUAAAGCUCAGCCGUGUAAUCAGCCGUCGCGACGAGCCGGCCUACAGUGGCAGCAGCAGCCUGCCCGACCAGGAGACUCCCAGCACAGGUAAUGCCAGCACAGACAGCGAGGUGGGCAAGUUUCCAUGGCGCAAGAAGCGCAAGAAGCAAAACGUGGCAAACAACAAUGAAACGGUCAACGGCAGAAAUGGCUAUGCCACGCCCAAAUCGCUGUGA